UUGUCCUCACAUUCCUUUGCCAAAAACAGUGAAAAACAAACUCAUGGAAGUCUAGGAACUUUUUUCAGGUCACUUUCUUCUUCAAUCAAAGAGGGCUUCUUUUUUUAUCCACCAAUGGAUCCCAAGGACUCCAAGCAGCCUCCUCCACAUCAAUUUCCCAACUUCUUGAGCUUACCAUCACAACCCCAACAACAGCAGCUUCAAAACACUGGUGGGAACAAAUCAGCUGAAACAAAGGAUGCCCUUGCUGUUGUUGCAGAUAAAGAAGAAGGAAAGAAGCAACUUUUGGCCCCAAAGAGAAGUUCUAACAAAGACAGGCAUAAAAAAGUUGAGGGAAGAGGUAGAAGGAUAAGGAUGCCUGCUCUAUGUGCAGCUAGGAUCUUUCAGUUGACUCGAGAAUUGGGUCACAAAUCCGAUGGGGAAACCAUACAGUGGCUGUUACAGCAAGCUGAGCCAGCGAUAAUAGCCGCCACGGGGAGCGGAACGAUACCGGCAUCGGCUUUGGCAGCAGCUGGAGGCUCCGUUUCACCGCAAGGAGCUUCUCUAUCUAUGGGGUUGCACCAAAAGACGGAAGAUUUACGGGGGUCCAGUGUAGGGUCAGGGAGCAGUAGAAUCAAUUGGGGGAUUGUUGGUGGUAAUUUGGGGAGACCCCAUCAUGUGGCAGCAACAGGGUUAUGGCCCCCAGUCAGUGGCUAUGGGUUGCAGUCAUCAUCCGGUCCGUCUACAACAAAUUUAGCCUGUGAAAGUUCUACUUAUAUGCAGAAAAUUGGGUUUCCUGGUUUUGACUUGACAGGCAAUAAUAUGGGUCCGAUGAGUUUCACCUCAAUGCUUGGUGCGGCUAACCAGCAGCUCCCUGGUUUGGAACUUGGGUUGUCUCAAGACGGUCAUUUUGGGGUUUUGGAUCCUCAAGCCUUGAGCCAGAUGUAUCAACAGAUGGGGCAGGCUAGGGUGCACCAUCAUCACCAGCAGCAGGAGGGGGAGGAGCAACAACCGCCUGCUAAAGAUGAUUCACAAUGAUCAGGCGAGUAAAGUUAUCUAUUUUGGGAGCAAGACUAAAAAAGUAGCAUGCCUGAGAGAGGAUGGCUUUUUUCUUGUAAUGGUUUUAAGUAUUGUAUGAUUGGAUUAAAAUGGACACUUUGAUUCUCAGAACUCUAUGGCUGACUGUAUGGAUAUAUUGCCCCCGUCUUUCUGCAUUGCAUCACCCAAAUUUCCAUUACAGGUGGAGCUUUGCACAGCCUAGUAGCAUGGUUUUGGGAUUAUCUUCUGGUUUGAUUUGGAGGUGUUUUGAAUAUAAUACAAGGGACAUUUAAUUGUUUUCUUCUUCUCUAGGUCUUGAUGGAGUUGGAAUCAGUUUGCUUAUGAAAUUAAAAACAGAAAUUUGCAGUCAUACAUGUCCGGUUUAUUCUUAGAUAAAGUAGGAACUUUUAUUUCUCUAAAAGGUUACAUAAAGACCCAAUUGUUGAUUA